AUGGCUGCGUCGUCGCCCGAAGCGUCCCUCUUUGUAGGCAGCGACGAGUACGACCUAUCACCCUACAACGGGCAUGUGUCACUAGACGGCCUGGACAGUGAUGAAGACAUACAAAUCAUGGCGGACGCAGGCGAUUCGCCCGCUGCGUUUCCUCCCAUGUUCCUCGACCACAUGUUUCGCGACGACAAUGAUCCCGACUUUGAGCCAGAACCUCUGAGCGACGACAUGGAGUCUUCCGACAUACACUCGCUCUCCCCCUCCAACCACUCCUACCGAUCGGUUGCCGAGGGCAGUCUUCCUCCUUCCAGCUCAGGACCAGAAGCACUGGACCUACAGAACCGACGCGCCGACCCCCGAGAUGUGGCAUUAGCACGCGAUGUGGCUUUGGGUGUCUUUGGGGACGACCUGGACUGGAUGGGCGAGCUCGACUCCGCCUUUGACUUUGCCGAGAUUGAGGGCCUAGAGGCUGAGCUCGAGGCACAGAACCCUCAUAUCCGGCAACCACUCCACGCGUCCCAAGGGGCAACAAGCCAAGGCAACGGCGCCGACCAGGGCGGCAGGGCAGUGGGGAAUCUUCUUCGACUGUUAGAAAAUGACGAUGGAAGAGCAAGCGACGCAAGCGGUGCGAGAAGGCUCGUGCCGGGACCGCCCAACCGGAAUGCUGCACGACGACCUUUCUCCCCUGUUCAUCUGCUUAGUUCUGAGGGUGACGAGUACCCUGGGCGCGACAGUUUUCGCUCGCGCCACGCUCGCGAUGUUCUCGUUGAUGUGGAACUGGACGCAGGACAUCACGUUCCUCUCUCGCUUCAGCGACAAGAAUCCCGGCAGUCUGGUGCUGCUGAAGUCAUCGACCUCACAAAUGAGCCCGACAGCCCGAUACAGGCGCACGCCCGGCCUGUCUCUCAAAACGUUCGCCGCCAAAACUCUCAAGCCCGCAACCCACCCGCUUUUGCUCGCAGCGACAGCAGCAUUCUCGGCGGUCCGCCAGUCAUAGAUCUUACAGACGAUGCGCCCGACCGUCCUUUACCACCCUUAUUGCCGGGUACACGCUGGCCCCAGGCGCCGCGCCGGGCUGUUCAUUCCCCAGAGCUCCUGUUCCUCAACCAGCGCCCGAUUCCGAGGCAGCAGCAGCCAAACCGCCGGGAAGGCGUGCAGUCGCGAGCCCGUUCCCGUCAGGCCAACAUGCUCAACGGGUUGCGACGUAACUUCUUGCAUCAUUUGCCGUUUCUCAACCUCUUCAACCCCGACCCGGCGGACGGCAACCUCGACAUGGUGGAGGGUAUGAUGGGCAAUCCCUUCAACCCCGUUGGCCACAUCCAACUUCAGUAUCAGCGCAGCGCCUUUGACCAGCGUCCUCCAUCACCCAAACCUGUUCACGUUCCACCCCCUGCAGCACGUUCUGGCUUUUCUCGAGAUACCAAGGCCGACAAUAGCUCGGCAUUUGUCUGUCCUGCAUGCAACGAAGAGCUAGCCUACGACCCCCUCGAGGCGCCUUCUGCUCCUGCACCUCAGGCGUCUCGCAAUACCCGGCUCGGCAAGCGGCCCCGAAGUGAGCAUCACUUCUGGGCGCUUAAGGGCUGUGGCCAUGUUUACUGCGAGGACUGCUACGAGAACCGGAAGCCCACGAACAAGAGACCCAACACGGGAUUCCUCCAUGCCGGGCGAGAUCACAAACUGUCGUGCGCUGUCGAAGGUUGCGACACGCAAGUCACCAAUAAGGGAUCAUGGGUUGGCAUUUAUCUGUAG